AUGUCAACAAGGGAAAUCGAGAAAUUCCAGGAUGACUUCAAAUUUUUGUUCAAUUUUGAACAAGCCGAGAGCAUUCUUGCAUCUUUCCAGUCUUUGGAAAAGUAAUUUCUAUUUAGGGACUAUAAGUCAUUCCAAAGCGGAUUGGACUAUUCUAGCACAUUGGUCGGGCAUGUCCCAAAUGAAGAGUUGGAUCAUAUUUGGAACGUCUAUUUACCUAAAGAGCGUGUCUUUAGUUAA